AUGCCGAAGUUUUUAGACCCUUUAAUCAAUGUUCUUUUCAAUAACCCCAGACUUGAUGAAUAUCCGCAAAUCGCUUCAAUUGUUGACAAAAUUGCUGGUACUCCACAGAACUAUGUGAUCAUUGUUCCUGCCGCACACAAGUUCAAAUUUGAGGUAGACAAGUAUUCAAGGAAACGCUUUGAGGACCUUUGUUGGGAACCAUCUUUCAUAGAAUCACAUAUUGUUGACUUAAGGACCAUUGAAAGCGUUGAUAGACACAAGAUUUUUUACACUAUCAAUCACAAAAGGCUCAUACUUCAGCAAGACAAAAUUUUGGUUGAAUCCAACGGUCUUAUACUAAGAAGCUCAGAAAUACUCAAUCAACAGCUUUUGCGCAGCGUCGCAACAUACUUGCCUUUUGGAUCUAUAUUUAACAUUUGCACGGUGGACUUCCCUUUAUUUGGGUUUGUGCCUAUUGGUAGUGAUGACACGGAUGCUGAUGACAACUACUUUCAUCCUCAGUAUAGGAGUAUAUCAAUAAUUCCUGCAGAUGCUCAGAUAGCUACCUCACAUGUCUUCGAUGAUUUGAUGAAAAAUUCUACCCAAUUGACCGCAUUACUCGGUCCCAAAUUCCAUACAUUAUUUCAUGAUCUUGAUUUUGCCCAUGCAUCCGACCAGAUUGGACUUAAGGCUAUGUUCGCGUCAGCAAUAGGAAAAGGAAGCGAAAUAUUUCGGUCUCUUCCAAGGGCAAUCUAUUCCGAUAUCGUAAGAAAAGCAGAUCAGUCUAUGCUCAAACAAGGAAUUUACGACUACGUGGAAAUGAAUAUGCACGAUAAAUUUUGGCUUCAGUUCACAAAUCUUUACGGCUCCCAAACUGAUACCUUUUUAAAUGAAAAUUAUCCCAAAUUAGGGUACUUGAGUAUCACACAAAUCGGUUUGCCAGACUCAAUUCAAAAACAGCCUUUUGCUAAUAAAUUGCUUUUAAGGAUCGUGGGCCAGGCUGCAUCAAAACUGAAAGAAUUGAAUUUCUCGACGACCAGUUCAUCGAGACUUGGGAUAUUUGUCGAAACGUUGGAAGUUCUCUCACAAAAUACUAACUCAACACAUGUCUCAAUUCAAAUGGAUGCAGAUAAUUUGCUCUCUCUAUUGAUAUUGACCAUAGCUUAUUCAGGGGUUCAACAUUUGCAUUGCCAUCUGAUGUAUGUUAAAAUGAUUUCAUUCCAACCCGAACAUUCACUCGAAGGAAGACAUGGUUACACUUUAUCAACAUUUGAGGCCGCCUUAAGUUUUCUAGGAACUGCAACCGUCGCAAAUCGUAUAAUUUUCAGCUGUGACCAAAAUUUGAAGUUCUGGAAGCUGAUUUGUCCCGAAAUAACUGAUGAGGAAACACAGAAUGUCGACACUAGCUUUAAUUCAAACCGAUUGAAGAAGCUUGAAUCUUGCUUGUCCUCAAUUGAUGCAAAGAACAUUAACGGAGAUCAUUUUAUCAGAAGCAUUAAUUCGCUGGGCGAGUCAUGUUUAAUGAUGGCGGUGAGAAAUGGCGACUACAGGGUAUUUAAAAUCCUUACUGAUUGCGUUGUUAUAUUCGAUCUGGAUUUCAUUCUAGAAGAUAGUGACAUGUCAGGUUUCACACUCCUUCACUCUGCACUCAUUACAAGGAAUCCUGAAAUUCUGAAAACCCUUGUUGAAAUUAUAAUCGAAGCUGAGGAAUGGGAGGUUGAAUCAUAUUGUUCAGCUGUCAAUAAACUUGGGCAAAACGUUGGCCAUUUAUUGAUGUAUUUUGGAGAGUUAAUUCCCAAAUUGGGCCCGUUUAUUAACUGGCGACAGAUGGAUAUUCAUAAACAAACACCAUUGUUUGCAAUAGUUCGGUAUUAUGAUCAUCCAGACUAUUUUGGCCUUCUCUCAAAAGUAUUCCCGAUUGUAUUGAAAUGGUACAGAACUAAAAAAAUUCCUUUCGACUAUAAAGACCACAUGGAUGGAAAACGAAACUCAUUAAUACAUUCUAUUCGAGACGGUGAGAGCCUUUCCAUGUUCAUCGAUACAUUUAAACAUGUGGAUAUCAAUUCGAUCAAUACGCAAAAUUUGACUCCUCUCAUGCAAUCCAUAAAAUAUAUGAGGGCAACCAAUGUUCAAAGGCUACUUCUCGAUCCAAGAAUAGAGAUUUUGAAGCGAGAUUCGAAUUUGUUCCUUUCAGCUCUAGACUAUCUCAAAUUUCCAGCUGUACAUCAGCUUCUGGAUCGCGCGAAUUCAAGUUUACCCAAUGUGGAUAAUCCUUCUCAAUCAUCAAAAGUCAAAUUUGAAAUCACGAAACUCGUCUGUUCAUCUCUGUCAUCUACAUAUCACCCUACUGGGGCCAAGAAGUCUGCAACUCUCAUCAGAACUAAAUUAGGGGCGGAUAAGGGCUUUCUGGUAUAUUUAUCCUGUUGCUCCUUGGUGAAUACUUUUGAAUCUAGGUUGGAUAGAAUCGCUGUGCAUAAUGACAUCGAUUUAAUUAAGAUACUGAAAGCUUUAAAGUUGAAGAGAGCGUCUGAUUUCCCACAACUCAUAAAUUCAUACCUUUUCAAUCUAAGUGAAUCCAUUCCUAGUGUUGACUUUCACCAUGCGAGCAAGCUUUGGGUCGACUUUUCAUUAAUGCAAAAGAAUAUCCUACUUUCGGCUCUCACGUUUAAACAAAACUUUCAAAUGGAUGGAGAGCUGUGGGACUACAUUUCCCUAACCAAGAAGUUCAAAGAACAAACCUUUUUGAAGAAGAAUUUUUUGGCACCCGACACUAGUGAUUUUCCCAAAUUUUCAGUCAUCGAUGUAAGAAACUCUAAAGACUUUCUUGGAUACUUGCUAGAGGAGCUUUCCACUUUUCAAAGUUCAUCAAUGAACUUUUACAAAAUCAAUGCGUUUCUGUAUCAGCUAAACAUUGAAGCUUAUCAGGUGAAUGCAGUGUCUGCCCAACUUUAUGCUCGACUGGCUCGUUUGGAUACCAAAUACUCUAGCAGAGAUCCCGAUUUUUUUGAGGAUCUGAUAUUAACCAAUUUUUCCAAAUGCUCCGCGGAGAUGAAGUCCCUUGACAAUGAAUCUUCCAGUGACAUAUUUUUAGAGUCCUUGGCAUUCUUAAGCACGACGAAUCAGGAGAUGAUGAAUGAUGUGGACAUGUUUCUAUCUGGGAAAAUUCAAGAAUGGAGAAAAGUCUAUACACGACUGCAACAAGAACAUCAACGUUUGAAACGCUUUCUUGGAUGCCAAUCUGAAUUUCGAGACCGAAAUCCACAAAUCUUCGAUUCUCUUAGCGAUCUAGAGAUCCAGUUCAAAAAUCUCUUGGGGCACUCAUAUCAUUUUGAGUACCACACAUCGACAGCUGAUGGCUUGCACCAAUUGGGGAGAAUUCAGUAUCCCGAACAGGCAAGCAAUUUGUUAUCUAAUUUCCCGCCAUUAAAAAACAAAAUAGAUAAUAGGAGACUUGCUCAGGCGGAUAAGUUUGUUUCUGAUUUCGAGCACCUCAAAAAACAGUUUUGUUUAUUGAGCUCCCAACUUAAGUCAGAUUAUGAGUCAAUUUGUGUAAAAGUGAGCAACUAUUAUCUAUUCAAGAAGACGUUUACAAAAUUCAUCUUCAAGAAGUAUGCUCAAGAACGAAUGAAGAAUUUGAAGAAGCAAAAUGACAGGCUAAAGCUUUUGUUCAAUAAAUUCAAAUCCAAUACUUACCAAUCUUAA